AUGCUCAUGGAGGGCAUUGAAGCUAUUGCCGAGUCGGCUCAGGCCGCCAAGCCUGAGGCGCACUCGCCGACAGUAGGACCAGAAAUGAAGCAGGAGUCCCCGACUGUCACGACCGAUCUGGGCGAGACCCCCCAGUUUCCACUGAAGCGACCCCGCGAUUCGAGCGCAGAUGGCCCCGAUGCCGAGUCCAAAAGACUAAAGGUUGACGAGGAUCAGCCCCACGAGCAGAACCCAGAGCAACCACUAGAGCAACACCACGAGGAGAACCACGACGAACAUGCGUCUCUCGAUCUCGGAUUUGACAUGGACGCCAUGAUUCAGGGUGUGAUGAUGGACAUCAGCAACGAGAUGAACAACGAAAUGGGCAAAGUAGACGGUUUGGACAGCGUCGCGGACGUAGAUAUGACGGCAGAUCACUUGGCGUCUGUGUCGCAAGACUCUGCCCCGUCAACUGACACACACGCCAUCGUUCUCUCUGAGCCUUCGGCUUUGAUGAGGCGCAUUACCACCUCCUGUUUGUCAAACUUUGCCAUGCAGCUCCUCGUUAUCAUGUCGCAGCAUGUCUACCAUGACGUGUACCAGCAGUUGCAAGACAGAGAAUCAGAUCUCUGCAAGUCCUUUAGCACACUAAAGUCCCUCCUCCGACAAACUCGAUCGAUCUACUCCACGACUGACCUUAUCUUGGACCCCGCGAUGCUGGACUUGACUGCACCGGAUAACUUAACCGAUAUCCAAGUCGCCAAUCUCGCCAGCUUCUGUUGCGAACUUUUCACAUUCGACAGCGAGCAUCAACUCAGCUCAAACGAGCUCUUGGCUCUAGAGGACAAAUUUUUCACCGUCUUCCCGCCUAGUGCCGAGGGCAUUUCGCACGACAUCUCCGAGCUCUUCCUCGCAGUCAAGACACAGCUAGUCAUCGAGUCCGUGACAUCAGCAAAUCAGUCAGGGCCUGUUGACCAGUCGAUUGCUGAGGCGUUCUCGUCUAGCUUGGAAGAUAGACUACGAGCGAGACAUGAGGGAUCUGAGCUGACCGCUGAAGAGAGAGCUCUGGUGACAUCUGUGGAGGAGCGCAAAACGUCUUUGAUUACUUAUGCAUCAGGCCUCCCAGAUACCGUUCUACUGAAAAUCGGCUAUCCGGAGGAAGACCUCUUUCACCAACUGAACGUGUACCUUCGGCAAAAGUUGCAGUCGCUCUCCGGACUGGCGUCAAGACACGGCAUCGAUCUUCCUCAGCUUAUCACGAACGGAGACCUAGACGCAUCGAUGCCACCUGAUCUCGACGACCUGGGAAUCUCAUCAUUACUGGAGGCUACAGACGGACUAGUUGCGCAGUAUCUCCCCAGUGAACCGGUUGAUGGAUUGCCCACCGAACAACCGCCAGUUCCGACGACUGAGAGCAGUGUUCCUCCUCCCGAACCCCCCGCGACUGCGCCCGAAGCUGCUCCCCCGGUGCCGGCCACAAACGGUACCACGACUGAAAGUCAAGACUCAACGAAUGACAUUCUCGCACUUGUAGCACAGAGCACACAGGAGUACGUUCGAACCACACUCAACAACCUGUCUCCAGCGCCCUACCAGCCAACCGUGCCCACACCGACGGGAGCCGCCCCGGUGACGCAGACGACAUAUCUCUCGCAUCUGCAACAAACCCAACAGCAAUCGCCAUACUACGGCUACCCUCCACCAGUAGAACAGCCACCACAACCUGCGACUCAUGAGAGCAACGAAAAGCUACCUCCUAGUCAGAGUUUACCCAGUGCCGUGCUCUACGAUAGAGCUCGCCAGGCUGCAUUGAGCAAAACCAACAACCAGCAAAGACGGGAAGGCACCACUUCGACAAGACGCCCAUGGACUCAAGAGGAGGAAAAGGCACUUAUGACUGGUCUUGACAUGGUCCAGGGGCCUCAUUGGAGCCAGAUCCUUUCUCUGUUUGGCGCAGAUGGCACUCUUUCCAACAUACUCAAAGACCGAACUCAAGUUCAGUUGAAGGACAAGGCCCGCAACUUGAAGCUCUUCUUCCUAAAGACAAAUUCGGAGAUGCCGUAUUAUCUGCAAGCUGUUACAGGCGAGCUCAAGACACGGGCACCCACACAAGCAGCCCGCAAGGAGGCUGAGGAGCGAGCUAGGAUGAAUUCGGAGGAGGAGCAAGCUCGGGUACAGGGUAUAAUGACACUCGCGGGCGGACUGCAGCAUCCUCAACAUCCUCACCACCCUCAACACGCCCAACACGCCCAGCAUCCUCAGCUGCCACAACAUUCACAACAUCCACAACACGCACCACACCUGCAGCAAAACAGGACAAGUGUGACACCAGCGACUGCGCCAAGCACGCCCUUACAGUCUGCAGCCCAGAUCUCGCAUCAUGUGGCCAGCCACGCUACGACACCAACACAUGCUGCUGCAUCGGGGCCACCCGCAACACCGGCCCAAGCUACGCAGAUACAUGCUCGAGUUCUGCCUGCCUCCUCACCGUAUGCCGCAACUGCUGCCCAGCUAUCCCAAACGCCCCACGGCCUGCCACAAACUCAACCACAGACGCCGACGCAUUCUCACAUCCAGCAUCACUCUCAUCCGGGAACGCCGCAGCCGCAGCACCAUUCUCAACAGCCGCAGCAUCAACCUCAUCAGCAGCAUGUUCAGCCGCAGGUCUCCCAAGCUGCUGAGACUGCGCCCAAUUACACAACUGAAUCAUCUGCAGCGGUCUACAGCCAGGAGAAUGAAGAUCUCAAGGAAGCAGCUCUUAUGCAAAGCCUCAGAGAGCUUGAAGCAUACAGCGAAAGCGCCAGCACUAGCGUGUCAUAG